UAGAUCUCCUUCAACGUAUCUCUGAAAGUGAAAUUUUUGUGAAAGAUUUACAUGCCAAGGUUCGGGCUAACAUUGAAAGGAAGAAUGAGCAAUAUGCUAAGCAAGCUAAUAAGGGGCGUUUAAAGGUUGUUUUUGAACCUGAAGAUUGGGUUUGGAUAUAUAUGCGUAAAGAGAGGUUUCCUACACAAAGGAAAUCAAAAUUGCAGCCUAGAGGAGAUGGACAUUUUCAAGUUUUGGAAAAAAUCAAUGAUAACGCCUACAAGCUAGAUUUGCCAAGCAACUAUGGUAAUGUUAGUGCGACUUUUAAUAUUGCUGAUUUAUCUUUGUUUGAUGUAGGUGAUUCGAUGAUGAAUCCUUUCGAGGAAGGAGGAAUUAAUGGAGAUCGAGGCGUUGGCCAAAUGGCUCAAGCUAAUAUUCCCAAAUAUUCUCAAGAUCCUUUGCAAGGAAUUGGUUGUCCAAUGACUAGGGCAAGGAAAAAGAUGAUGAAAGAGGCUUUACAAGGCUUAAUCAUGGAAGUGCAUGACAAAGAAACUGUUCUAGAAUAUUCUAAGACUGUUCUAGAAGUUUCUAAAGCUUCACCAAGGAUAAUCACCUAUCUUUAUCUGCAAGACGAUGUGCAAGACUUAGAUCUCGAAGAACAAAGCUUGGAAUCCAUGACAUAAGACCAAGGCGCAUGGACAUGAUAAGAAAAUGCCUAAUCCGCAUACUAAGAUGUAUUGAUGGGCUUGGCGCAUGGACAUGAUAA